UUUGAAUGCCGGUUGGCGCCAUAGCUAGGGCUUUGGGAUUUCUUCGCCAUUCCUUCCGGCAUCCCCAGCCAUGGCCAAGGGAAAGAAGAUGACGCCGGAGGAGAAGAAGCUCAAGGCACAGAUGAUGACUCUCAAGGCUGAAGAAGCACGGAAGAAAAAAGAAGCGGAACAGCGUGCUCGCUUAGUGCAGCUUCAGGAAAGAGAGGAGCGAUAUACGAAAGAUAACACGCGAGAAAUUCAUGCUAAAUGGAGAGAAAUACUUCGACAAGAUAAAACCAAGGAGCUGCGGGAGGAAGUCAUGCAGUGCUCGGAAGAGCACGAUUUUCAGGUUAGGAGGAAAGAUGCACUCAUCUCGUCAUUGUUCAAGGAGCUGGAGGAGUCCGAAGGACAGCAUCUCAUGCUAUUCAGCAAACAUUUGCACAUCGUUGAUGGUCUGAUUGAUUUGCAUUAUUCUCGUUUGAAGGGUAUGGACGAGGAGUUCCAGAAUCGUCUUCAUGAACUUUCCACAGAUUUCAACAAUGAAAAGAUGGAUGUUGUCAGGGCCCAUGACAAGCAGAAAAAGGUAUUGAAUGAUAUGAUGGCUGCAAUGGAAGCGGAAUUCAAAGAGGCUGAAACAGAGAUGCGUCAAGAGUUUGAGGCCAACCGCGAAGAGCUCAAAAACAAGAACAUGGAGGAAUACAACGUCCUGAAAAUUUCACUUGAGAAUGCAAUAGAAGAACUCGAGCGGCGCUUGGAGCAGACACAUCAGUCCUAUCUGUCAAGUACAGAUACAAAGACACAGGCAUUUAAGAGGAUGAUCGAAAAGGACAAGGUUACUGCGAAGCUAAUUGAGCAAAGAAUGAGAAAGCUCAUCCAUAUACAUGAAAGCAUUUCUUACUGGCGGGCAAAGAUAGCCACGAACAGCCGAGAAUGGGAAGGAAUAAACAAGGCACUUCGCGACCAGAAAGAUUCUGUCAACCAGCAUUAUCAAGAACUCAAGAAGAAGCUCUUGAAAAUGAGAAAUUCCGAGCACAUAAAACUCAAGGAAAUAUCGAAAAUGAGCGAGGAAGCGAGACUAGAUCUUACUGGUAAGCUGGAAGUGUCCGACCGCAUCAUCAGGCUUGGAGAUCUUAACUGCAAGCUGGAAACGGAGCAUGAAAGGAUUUUCCCGUUUGAUCCUUUGCAUUGCAGUCGUUCUAUUAUGCCUGACCUCUUGCCAGAAGACGAUGAUACGGCCGAUGACGUUGUUGACACCAAGGUGAAAGGACAAAAGAGAAGCGUCACUAUAACAGAGAAGCCACGAAUUUUGUUUCAUGGCGAAAAGCUGGAGAAACAGGAGGAGGUCUACAGGCCCGCAGCUUAUGCCACCGAUAAAUCUGGGAGCGAAGUCGAAGAGUGGAAUUAUCUCUCCCAGUUUCAACAGCGCUACAACAAGGUCUUGCUCGACAAGAUGGCACUCGAUCUCGAGAAGAAAAGAGUCGCCGCUGAAAACUUCCGCCUCCAGUCCGCUCUCACACAGUAUCUCGACGGCAUCACUGUCAACGACAAUGUUCUCAAAGGACCCAUGAACACGCUACUGAUGGUGUCCUCGAUCGGAAAAGUUCGAGCGUAGCAGCAAAAGUUUUGUCAAAAGUUUUCUCCAUUUUCCCGGGAGUUUGAGGUAGCUACGGUUCCUUCAGAGAUUCUUGCGUCUCGAUCAGACAUCGCUUUCGUUUAGUUCGUUCUACCAUACAGGAAGUAGCUGAUGCAUUUCGACUGGAAUGACAGAUCGCUGGGGUAAACUUUUGUCGCAUCGAGUUUUCUAAGAUUGUGUUCAGUGCACGUUGUUGUACAAGAUUUUCAGCGCAAGCUAGACUGGAUCCAGCAUUAAAAACUCGAAUUUCAUGUAAGUUACUGUGGACGAAGGUUUGGUGAUUUUCCAGCGAC